CGAGCUGCUGAGCGGGCGGGGCUCCCGGCGGGGACGGGCCGUUUCUGCUCCCCGGAGAGCCCCCCGAGCGGGCGGAGGCGCCUUUCGGCUGCUCCUUGGAGCGGGUGGCCGCUCUCCAGGUCUCCGCCUCCCCACGUGAAGAGCGGGUCGGGCACCACCCGGCGAUGCAGCUCCAGUGACGCCCGGUGAGGUCGAGUGCUGCUGAGCUGGCGCGUUGUCCGGGAAGCCCAGUGAACAAGGGAGCUCCUGAAGAGGGCAGAAGAGAAGCCCCCCCCCCCCCAAAUCAGCUUGCAGAGCGCAGAGUCCAAGAAUGGCCGUGUUUAAGCAGCAGAAGGUCGAGGACCUGUAUGAAAUCGGGGAGGAGCUCGGCAACGGGCAAUUUGCCAUCGUGAAGCGGUGCCGGGAGAAGGCUACGGGGCUGGACUACGCGGCCAAGUUCAUCAAGAAACGGCAGAGCCGAGCCAGUCGCCGUGGGGUCCGGCGGGAGGAGAUUGAGCGGGAAGUGAACAUCCUGCAACAGAUUCUGCACAGCAACAUCAUCCAGCUGCACGAGGUUUACGAGAACAAAACCGACGUGGUCCUUAUCCUCGAGCUAGUCUCCGGAGGGGAACUUUUUGAUUUCCUGGCCCAGAAGGAGUCACUGAGUGAGGAGGAAGCCACACAGUUCAUUAAGCAGAUCCUGGACGGGGUCAGCUACCUGCACACCAAGAAGAUUGCCCACUUUGAUUUAAAGCCUGAGAAUAUUAUGCUGCUGGACAAGAACCUUCCCAUUCCUUACAUAAAACUGAUCGAUUUUGGUCUGGCCCAUGAAAUAGAAGAUGGAGUGGAGUUUAAAAAUAUUUUUGGGACACCAGAAUUCGUAGCUCCAGAAAUCGUAAAUUAUGAGCCGCUGGGACUGGCAGCUGAUCUUUGGAGCAUUGGAGUCAUCACUUACAUAUUGCUCAGUGGUGCUUCUCCAUUCCUUGGGGAGACGAAGCAGGAGACGCUGGCUAACAUUACUGCCGUCAAUUAUGAAUUUGAUGAAGAAUUCUUCAGCCAUACCAGUGACCUGGCAAAAGAUUUUAUCCGGAAACUUUUGGUGAAAGAUACACGGAAACGACUCACAAUCCAGGAAGCUCUCGGGCACCCCUGGAUCCAGUCCAAAGAAGGCUCCAGAGCCCAAGGCCACAGGAGGAGUGAGGCCCGGCCGCUGGACACCAAGUGGCUGAGAGAUUACACCAUCAAGAGCCACUCCAGCAUUCCUCCAAACAACACCUAUGCCACCUUUGAACACUUUACCCGCGUGGUGGAGGUGAUCUCUGACAUGGAGAGGAGCUUUGGCACCCUGGCAGCCUCCCACGACACCUUGCAGGGGGACAUAGACGCCCUGGUCUCCAUCUACGAUGAGAAGGAAGCUUGGUACAAGGAGGAGCAUGAGAGCGUGAAGUAUGAGCUUUCCCAGCUGAAGUAUGAGCAUCGCAAGAUCGGAUCCUUGAAGAAGCACCUGAAGGAGAACAUCCAGGCUGUGGGCACCAACCUCGCUGGGGUCGCAGGGAGGUACCUCGGCCUGCAGUCGCACUACGAACGGCUGAGCAAGGAGCUGUCGGAGGAACUCAAGUGGGUCCAAGACUUAACGGGCAGCUUCUGGCCUGAGGGCAGCCCCCAGGGCCACGCGCCAGCCAGCUUCGGCUGCAUCUUCCAGAAGGACCUCAACGACUCACUGAUGGAGCUGCUGAACAGGUCCUGCUGUGAAGAAUUCCUGGCGGCCUUAAACCUGGGCAUGACAAAAUCCAGUCAGUGAUGCUGCUGAAAAGGGAAAUAUUUAUGCUGUUGCUUCAGACCGAAUUGGUGAGGAAUUGCUUGGACGGGAGCUGCAUGCUGAACUCACACAUUUGGGUUUAUUUUUGAACAAUGUUAUUUGACAGACCUUUGUUACCACUGUAUUUUUAUAUUUUUUUUGCCUCUGUGAAAAUCGAUCCUGAUGGAGAUGCCUUGGGUUCUGGAUGUUGCCUGCCUUGGUUGGGUUCCAAUGAAUUUCUAAUAAGGCCUUGCAUUUUUUCUUAUCAAAGCUUGCCCUAUUUUUAUCCUUUGGAAGAUGGCCUUAGCUUACCUUCACAACUGAAGACUUCCUCAAUACUUGACUGUAGAUCAACAUCCUUAAAAGCUUUUAUUUAUUGCUGAGGCCGCAGUGAAGAGGCAUUGAUUUUUUUUCAUUUUGAAAUUCUGUAUUUUUUAAUAAUGGAGCCAGAUGUGAACUCUAUUGCGCUCUGCAAAGCACUCUCUGCAGGCUUUCUGGCUGAAAGUCAGUCUUGUGAAUAUGUUGGAAAAUAAACGGAGGAUUCCGAAUAAAUUUGCACAGAUCCCUGUCACCUCACAUGUGCUGCUGCAUAAGGCAGGAUCUUCAGCCUGGACAUUCAUCUCAUUCCGCAUAAAUAAACCACUUCCUCCCAGUUAAGACAUCAACUCUCUCUGUAAUGUGAGAACUGAUUUUUUUUAUACAGACAAUUUGAAAAUGAAAGGGUGUGGAAGAUGCAAUUCUGGCUUACUGUUUUGCUGCUCUCCUUCAGAUAGGCUACGUUCUGCCAACUCUGAAACUAAUCUCGGAGAGCGAGACCCAAUAAAUGUUUGUUUAAUGCAGUGUGCUUUCUAGACAAAGCUUUUGUUGAAACACCCUGAAGGAUGAUCUUGCCCCUUGUGGCAAAUUCUGCUUGGUCGUUGGAGACGGGCCUCACUCAGAAAUUAUUUCCCUCUUAAGUCAGUGGUAGCGGACUCUAAAGGUUUAGGAGCUACUUGAUGAAGGAGGUGAAAAGCAGUUUUAUAGCUGCAUGCAAAAGAAGGGGAGGGGGAGACCUUUAGCAGAUAAGGGAGGAAUUGUGGCUGAAAGGGGGGGGGGGCUCAGACACCAGCUGCUUGAUGGGCUGUCUUCUUCUCAAUCCCAUGAAGCUACAGAAGGAAGCUCAGGUGUAGUUGAAGGCCUCCUCUUUCCAUGUCCUCUUGAUCUUCUCAAGCCUUGAACCGAAGCAAAUUUCUGCCUGGGCUUCAAGCCAGCUUUCAACUUAGUUUUGUACUACUUUUUAAUGUUUAUACACCAUGCAAAGACUUAUGGAGUUGGGUAGCAGAUACAGUAAAUAAAUAAAAACACAGUAUGUAAAUAAAUCUUUGAGAAAGCACCUUGGUCAGCUGUUUCUGGUUCUUCCUCAGCCAAGAUUUAUAUCUCUGAAUCUGGGCAAAAUAUUUGAAUCUGUAGGACUGUUAGGGCAGGGGGAAGGGUACUACGAUAAUUUCAUACAGAAUAUUUAGUGUAUCCAGCAUGUUACAAGAACAAGGCGAUGGGUCUUACUCUAAGGAACUUGAAGACUAAAAUCUAACACCUGCAAAGGAAGGACUAGAGAGAAAAAAGGUGAACAAGGCCGAGAUUAAGAAAAAAAAACCAGUCUUAAGUGUGAACCAGGCAAAACCCAGAGCUUUUGUGCACUUUCUGCUUGAUGGGCCAAGGAAGGCCCGGCCUGAUCUU